UUUCUUUAUUGAAUCCCAUCUCAUCCUGCAUUGGACUAUCUCUCUCCCCUCUUCCUCUUCCUCUUCCUUUUCUUCCUUCUUUUCUCUCCGUCUUACUUUUUUUUUUUUGUCCCCCUUCCUCUCUCUUCCCCCUUCCCUCUCUCCCAUAAAUCCUCUCUCCCUCACCCUUCUCCAUGCCCCUCUUUCGCCGUAAGCACAAGCCGUCUGCUGCCGCGUCUGCAUUCCGAUCUGUCGAGCAUCUGCCCGCUGCCCCUGGCGUCUACCCCGACGACGAUCUCGACCGUCGUUUCUCCGUCUCCACCUCCCGCGAGCGACUCCCUCCAUUGCCUGUCACUUCAUCCUCCACCACCAACACCAACACCACCACCUCCCCGCCUUCUUCCACUGCUGUCAACACCACCAACACCAUCGCUUCUACUUCCACCUCCACCACGCCCGGUGCCUCUCCGCAACUCUAUCAACACGAUAAUAAUACCCAGGAAUUUUCCACCCAUCCCCAGCGUCGUUCCAAAAGCCAGCGUCAUACCAGCCCGCGAGGCAACAACAGUAACGACAACACUCCGGUACGGCCAGCGUCCCCUGCACCCAUCCUCGAUGCUGACCCUCUCAAUCAGUCGUGGCCGCUGCCAUCCGAGCCACUACAACCUGUCGAGCCAGAACCUCGCAAAUCCCGUCGCAGUCUCUUCUCGCUUCACUCGUCUGCAGCCGCGCGCGACCAGUCCGGAAUUCUGCAGCGCAGCCGGUCGGUUAAGAAAAUCUCCACGGGUCGAUCCUCCAAACAACAGCGACCGUUGUCCAUAGACACUACGUCCGAACGCCGCCCGGGAACCUCUUGGUCGAGAGAGCAUGAAUUAGACGCCCCGUGGCCCAAGGUUCCUCAAGCCCGUCGACCCCAACAAACGCCGCAACAACAACCGCAGCAGCAGCAGCAGCAGCAGCAGCAGCAGCAGCAACCGCCGGCGCCAAUUCAGGGUCAGGCACCUCAGCCUCAGCCCCAAUCACAAACUCCGACGCCGUCCCAUACUCCUGCAGAAUCUCCGGUUCAGCCUCCGCGGAACCACCCUCAAGCACAACAGCAGCCACCGAGUCGAUCACCCAUGCCGCAGAACACAGGUCCGACGCCGACGCUCGACACCCGACCUCCUCGUUCACCGCAUCCUUCCGUCCAACGCUCCAAUACCGACAGCGGCCUGCUGGAACAUCUGACUCGCCCGUCACCGGUGGAGCCGUCCCGACAGCCCGCUGACUUGGCCCCAACACCGCCCCAACUGGACCCCACGGUCGGCCCUCGACCUUCUUCCCGCCAAUCCCUUGGGCCCCCUUCACCCUUACGCCCACUCCCCGUUCAUCCAGACACGGUUGCCAGUGGCAUGCCCGACCGUCCAUCCGCGCCCCCAGGACAGUCUCCUGUCCCUGGGCAUUCCCCUUAUCCGGAAGCUGGCUUCCGGAACAAUACCGCGUCGACGCCAGAGCAAGGCCGGAACACGCCCAGUUCGCGUGAUAGCCGACGUGAUCGUGAGGAUGCCGAGAUAGAUGUGCGGGCUUUAGUCCAGAAGCAUGAUGAGCUUCAGGCCAAAUACUCCAAGGUUAAGCGUUACUACUUCGAAAAGGAAGCGCAGGUACAGCACCUUCAGAAUACCGUAGCACACCAACGUAUGGCCGUGUCCCGCACCGUGCUGGAUGACAACGAGUAUGCCAAUCGGUUCGGUCGACUGGACGGUGCGAUCAAAGAUCUAGCCUUUUCCAUCCGCAAGGACUGGGCGACACUGCCCUCCUGGCUGAACGGGUUCGUCAAUGACGACGCACACACCACAGGCACCAAAGAGAUGACCGCGAUCGGCCGGGCGGUGGUGAGCCGGUGGUUAGUCGAGGAACUGUUCGAGCGCUACUUCCACCCAACCUUGGAGCCCACCUUCAGCCGACAGCUGAAAAGCAUCGAGAUGAACCUGCGACGACAGCAAGCGCAGCCGUCUACAGAAGAAGACAAGGAGAACGCGAUCGCGCGCAUCUCCAACUGGCGGCGCACCACACUGGACGGGCUCACGAACCUGCAGGGUCCGCAGGCGGACGAGUACCGGGCCCAGCUUAUCGACCGACUGAUCAACAGCCUGGUAGCGACGCUGGUAGCACACUUGCACGACCCGCCGCCGCCGGGGCUGGACAACGGGGCGCGCAUGAUCGUGGAGAACGCCGUGGGCAUUGCCGAGAAGAUCCCGCUGGAGUCGCGCGACAUUUGCGUCGAGUACAUCCUCCCAGGCACAGUCGUCCAGGAGGGUACCAUGAAGGUCGAGACGGGACUGCCACCACUGAACCAUGUGCGGACCGAGUCUGGUGGCUCCGCCGAGCAGGAGCGGGCAGAGGGCCCGGACGAGACAGAGGGAGGCGACACUGGACCGCCGCAGCGGGAGCAGCGCAUGCGGUCGGUGUUCAGCUCGUUGAUGGGACGGCGUCCUGGACCGUCCGCACCAGCCGGGGAGACUCGAGAGGAGCGCGAGCGCGGACCGGGACGUAUCCGAUUUGCGUCAUUUGUGACGGCGGAAGUGAGAGGAAAAGGACCGAUGAAUGUACUGGUGAAGGCGCCUGUAUAUGUAGAGUGAUGUCCCUGCUACAUAGUACACAAGUUACGAUAGAG